AUGUAUGAUGUACUGCCAACCUUGACGAUAGGCUGGUCCGAACGUGAACGCCUGCAGACGGAUACCGUAAUGUGGGCUAUACUCAAAAGUCGGUUGUCAAGAAGUCAGAUGGACUCUUUGGAGGAACUAAAGUCAGAAGAGUCUCAAAAAUCGGAUUUCCCAAAAAUACUGGAUUUGAUUAGUGGACCUAGCAACGGAACCGGAACGCAGUCAACUCCUUCUGCCAUGAGAAAUUUCACAUGGGAGCGCUUUAGGAAUUCUCCAGCUACUGUUGGACUCUUGCGCAAUGCCAAACCGGAGCUCUACCGAUUAGAGCGUGAACUUGGCCUUUUAAACAUCAAAUGCAGAACGUUCUACGAGCAUUUCGCUUACAAUAGAUGCCUUCGCCAGCAGUGGGUUUUGCAAUAG